GACUUAAGAGUACAGUACUUAGUUACUUAAGGAAAGUCAGUGAACUCACUAACAAAGAAACAUGCGCACUCCACUUAGUUCCUGGACUUCCAAGAGGGUUUCCACCGGCUUCAUUGGAAAACGAGCUGGCUGUCUUGAAUGCUUAUCUAUCUAUGUGUACAUUGGAUCUUACUUGGCUAAUGUAGCCUAACAAUUCGCCAGCUACUAUCCUGCUGAAUUAUCCUUGUAUGAACUCCAGUUACUUUUUCUCCGUUAAGUCAACGCUGCUUUUGUUUGUCUCUGGUGACGAUGCCUAUACUUUUUAAAUGAGUGGCAUGCCUAACCCAGGAUGAUGUUGCGAACACUGCCAGCCAGAACGCUCCUGUUCUUGGGGCUGUGUCUGACCGGGCGUCGAGGCCUGGCUUCAGCCCCUGAGCUCAGAGAAAAUCCUAAGAAAAUAGCGGUGGUAGGGGGCGGCAUCGGGGGCACCGCCACGGCUUACUUCCUGCGGCAGGAGUUCGGGGCGGGGGUGAAGAUUGACCUGUUCGAGCCCGGGACUGUGGGAGGGCGCCUGGCCACGGAGGAGAUCGGGGGGGCGGAGUACGAGGUGGGGGGGAGCAUCAUACAUCCCCUCAACCUGCACAUGAAGCACUUUUUGGAAAGGCUGGGCCUGUCCCAGCGAAAGGACGUCCCCUCCAAAAUGGCCAUUUUCGACGGGGAGCAGCUGAUCUUCCAUGAGAGCGACUGGUUCAUCGUCAACUUCCUGCGCCUACUCUGGCGAUAUGGAUUCAACUUCCUGCGCAUGCAGAUGUGGGUGGAGGGCAUUUUGGACAAAUUUAUGAGGAUCUACCAGUUCCAGCAGUUUGGCUACUCCUUCUCUAGCGUGGAAGGGCUCCUCCAUGCAAUGGGCGGGGAUAGUUUCCUCCUCCUAGCCAAUCAGACGCUGGAGGAGGCCAUGCUGAGGGCGGGUUUCUCACAGAGCUUCCUGAACGAGGUCGUGGUGCCCGUGACCCGGGUCAACUACGGCCAGAGCGUCCGCAUCAACGGAUUCGUGGGGGCGGUCUCUCUGGCGGGGGCAGAUUCUGGCCUGUGGGCAGUAGAUGGCGGUAAUAAGAGGGUUUGCUCUGGACUGCUGUACCACAGUAAGGCUGAGCUAAUACCAGCACGGGUUACUGCCAUCACCACCAAACAGCGGCCCAUGAAGACUGGGGGCAUGGUCUCUCUGUAUGAAGUCAGCUACAUUGGGGAUUCUGGCUCUGCUCACUCUCUCUAUGACAUCGUGAUAGUUGCCGCACCCCUCCACCCGGGCCUCUCCCAGAUCGCCUUCCAAGGCUUCAGCCCGCCCAUCCCCUCCCACUUCCCCGGCCGCUACCACCAGGUAGCGGUCACCCUGGUGCACGGCCUCCUCAACACCUCCUUCCUGGGAGUCACUGACCCCCCCUCAGAGUUCCGGGUGUCCGACGUCCUGACCAUGGAGUACCAGGACGCCUUCAUCAGCAGCCUGAGUUCCCUGGACCCGGUACAGAUCCCCUCCGGCUACUCCCGCCCAGCCGCCAGCGUCUCCAACGUAUGGAAGAUCUUCUCGCCCCGGCCUCUGAGCGAGGCCCAGCUCUCCGCCAUGUUCCUGUCCCGUGACACCGUGUGGGGGAAGCAGUGGCUGGCGUACCCCUCGUACGACCGGCCCCUCAGGAGGACUCCCCCGUUCGUCCUGCACGAUCGCCUGUACUACCUGGGCGCGGUGGAGUGGGCGGCCAGCGCCAUGGAGAUGAGCGCCAUCUCCGCCCGGAACGUGGUUCUCCUGGCGCACCACCGCUGGCACGGCCAGAAGACAAAAAUCGACCAGGAGGACCUGCACGCCCGGCUCAGGAGCGAGCUGUAGGGAGGGACCCGGAGAACAGAAACAGGGGUUGAACAUUGAGAGGUCCUCUGAUUGGGCCAUGGUGGACCCCUCUGUGGAAACAGUCUUUUGUUAAGGUACAUGACUGGGACCCGGAAUGUUGAUGGCUCAAGCCCCGGUGUAGCCACGAUAAGAUCCGUGCAGCUGUUGGGCCCUUGAGCGAGGCCCUUAACCCCACAAUGCUCCAGGGGGCCUUGUCUCUUGCUUAGUCUAAUCAACUGUAAGUUGCUUUGGAUAAGAGCAUCAGCUAAAUAAUGUAAUGUUUCAAACAUAAUUACUACAGGGAUUUAGAUAGGUAGUUUCAGUUUUAUUUAUCCCUGGGGCUCUAAAACUACAGUUCUGACUUUAGAUUUAGAAUUAGAGCCCUACACACGGGGGUUUGAGGGGCGGGCCCUAGAUCUAGAAUGCUCUGUAAAGUGGUGGCAUGCUUCUGCAAUCAUGCUCCUGUCUGCUAUUCUUGUAUUUGUUAAUUACAUUAAUUUCUGAUGUAACAACAUGGGUAUUAUGGUGCUAACUGACCAGGAUUUAGGUAGAUGGGGUAUUUGUUUGGGCUAGUGCCUUUAUUAUUAGCAACCCACAUUUUUUAAGGGAAUUUUUUUCAAGAUGGAUGGAUGGGUUGGUCAAGAGCACGGUUCAAUUAAGAGAUCUACUGUAUGUAACAUUGAAAUGAUGGACAACUAUCAUGAUCUGAAUGGCUAACUGUAAUAGAAUGGAAGGGUAGAAUUUCUAAAUGUGUGUAACCGGGACGCCGCAUUUUGUUAAAUUAUGGUGUUAUGGAGAUUGAGACGGAAUGGGUUUAGGUUCUUGUCGAUGAAAAAGCAUUCACAGGACUUUGGUGUAAAAUGUUGUCAUUUUCUCUGAAAUUCUUAUUUUAAUGAGUGAAAGGAAGGUAAUUUUGGCGUGAAUCGCAGUGGUCGUUAUGGAAUAAUGAAAGGUGCGUGUGGUACAUUUACAUUUGCGUAAAGGGGAAUGAAUGUGCUUUCAUGGCAGGGCUUAUUGGUUGAAGGGAAUUUAGCGUACUGUACGUGCGACAGGCUCUGCCUUAAACGAAUUGAGCCUUCCAGUGAUCCCUGUGUUUCUCAGGUCAAUAAUGCACUGAACUGAUGAUACUAAAUCCUUUCCUAAGAAAAGCACAAAAACAGUACCAGCCUUAAUGUGUAUUGUGUUAUUGAAAUAAACCUUUCUCAAAAUAAAACUGUUCGCAAAAAACAA